AUGGACGAGAUAAUUGAAGAGCCGCAGAUUACCUCACCGGGGACCUCGGUCGCAACACCGAAGGUUCUCAUCAUGAUGGCCGACUAUGGUCAUGACCCCACGGAAACCGCCGUACCUUACACCGCAUUCAAGAACGCAGGCUAUAAAGUCCAGUUCGCGACCGAGAACGGAAAUCAUCCGCGAUGCGACAAGAAAAUGCUGGAGGGGUUUACUCAAAAGCUACUCGGCGCAAACAAGGAGGUUGUCCACCUGUACAAGAAGAUGGCUGUGAGCGACGAGAUGCGCCAUCCGCUAUCAUGGUCUACUCCUGGCUUCUCCCUCGAUCCCUUUGAUCUCGUCGUCUUCCCAGGCGGUCACGACAAGGGAAUGAGGCAGAUCAUCGAGUCACCUAUCGUGCAUAAACUUGUAGUAGACUAUUUCCCCAAGACUAAGAAGCCGAGUAAGAAGGUUAUUGCUGCCGUGUGCCAUGGCGUCAUGGUACUAUCCGAGUCGAAAGAUGCCAAUGGCAACAGUGUUAUACGAGAUUGCAUCACGACAGCAUUGCCAGCGAAAUUCGAACAAGCCGCAUACUGGAGUACCAGGGCAGUCCUCGGUGAUUACUAUAAGACGUAUGGCCAUGGAAGCGAAGACGUUGAGCAAUCAAUUAAAAAGGUUCUUGCCGACCCAGCCCAGUUCAAGGCCAGCUUAAACCCCGGCCCGUUUACUGUUGAGGAUGAGCAGUACAAUUACAUCAGUGCUCGGUAUCCUGGCGACGCGGAACUAUUCGCUGAGGAGAUCAUCAAGCUCUUUGAGAGCUUCCAUAAGAUUGUGUAG